AUGAAACACCAAUUAAGUCAAGCUAUCUUAAUCUAAAUACUUCUAACCCUAGAUCUUUCAAACUAAGCUCCUCUAAUAAUUGCUCAUAGAGGCGCAUUUGGUUAUUUCCCAGAGCACACUUUUCCAGGCUAUGAAUAUGCAUUUUAUGAUGGAGCAGAUUUUAUUGAUAUAGACGUAUAGCCUACCAAGGAUGGACAUCUCGUGGCUCAUCAUGAGCCUUCAUUGGACAAUCAGCUUAUUGGUACAGAAUAGCACCCAGAAAUUUUCAGAGAUGAACUUAGAAAAACUUUUAUUAAUCCCUUAACAAAUGUUACUUAUGCAAAUGAUUUUAUGUUGAAAGACUUCAAUUUGGAAGAAUUAAAACUGCUUAGAAGAGUUUAAAGAUAUUAGGGAAGGAGAUCUAACUAUUUUGAUGGCUUAUACCAGGUGCUUAGCUUGUAAGAAGCAAUUGAUUAAAUCAAAGACAUGAAUGAAUAGAAGGUAGCUUUUAGAAAGAAUCAAAUCCCAAUAGGAAUAUACAUUGAGAUUAAAUAGACUGAUUAUUAUCUUAGCUUAGGCAUAGAUGUGAAUGGAAUGCUUUUGGAAGUACUGAAAAGAAAUAAUAUUGAGACUAAUCAGAAAUCUUUGAAUUAAAAACUGCCAGUUAUGUUGCAAUCAUUUUAUCUUUCUUCAGUCACAUUUUUCUAAGAGCGAACAGAUCUAAAAUUAUCAAUGAAUAUUGAGAUGAUUAACACUAAUUGGACAAUCGAGGGUCUAAUUCAGAAUGAUAUCAAGCUAGUAUCUAUCUAGAAUACUAUGCUGGCUUAUCCGCACAUUCUAAAUAACCAUGGAAUGCUGAAUUUGGUUAAUAACGCUAGGCAAUAUGGCAUAGAGGUUCACGUAUUCACAGCAAAAGAUGAUAUAAUUUCUAUGAAGGAAGAAGGAAUAACAUUAUUUGAUAAAUAUAAGUAUUACUAUGAAUCUGGAAUUGAUGGAUUGUAUACUGAACAUCCAAGGUCAACUUUAGUCGUCUUUGAGCAUUUAGAUAGCCUAAGAGAAGCAUAGAAAAGUAUUUGCAAAUAGUAAGCUGUUGAUAGUGAUAAUAGAUUAGAAGAGUGCUAUUUAUGA